GGCUCUGCAUCCCCCAGGAUGGGGCUCAGGAUGGGGUCGGCAUCCCCCAGGAUGGGGCUCAUGAUCCCCCUGGAAUGAGGCUUGGGAUCCUCCGGGAUGGGACUCAGCAUUUCCCGGGAUGGGGCUUGGCGUCCCCCGAGAUGGGCUCGGGAUGGGACACAGAAUCCCCCAGGAUGGGGCUCAGAAUCCCCCAGGAUGGGGCUCAGAAUCCCCCAGGAUGGGGCUCAGGAUCCCCCAGGAUGGGGCUCAGAAUCCCCCAGGAUGGGGCUCAGGAUCCCCCAGGAUGGGGCUCAGAAUCCCCCAGGAUGGGGCUCAGAAUCCCCCAGGAUGGGACUCAGGAUCCCCCAGGAUGGGGCUCAGGAUGGGGCUCGGCUGCCCCCGGGAUCAAGCUCAGGAUGGGCUCAGCACCCCCCAGGACAGGGCUCGGGGACCCGCUCCGCCUCCGCUGCCCUCUCCAGGGACACGGUGGGGCUGGCACGGUGGCACUUGUCACUGGCACGGUGGCACUUGUCACUGGCACGGUGGCCCUUGUCCCCUGGCAAGGACGGAGGACGCCGACAUCCUUUAGAACCAGGAGGGAUUUGCAGGUCCCCAGCAGGGACGAGACGGAGCCAGGACGCCUGGCCGCGCGUUCCGCUCCGCCCCGCCCGGAGACGGCCCGGGGCGGGCGGCUGGGGGAGUGCGCAGCUCACCUGCGGCCUCACCUGGCUCCCUGUGCCCUCACCUGGCUCCCUGUGCCCUCACCUGGCUCCCUGUGCCCUCACCUGGCUCCCUGUGCCCUCACCUGGCUCCCUGUGCCCUCACCUGGCUCCCUGCAGCCUCACCUGGCUCCCUGCACGCCUGGAUUCACUCGCUGUGCCCUCACCUGGCUCCUUCCUCCCUCACCUGGCCCCUCGCGCCCUCGCCUGCACGCCUGGCUUCACUCCCUGCUCCUUCACCCGGCUCCCUGCACGCCUGGCUUCACUCCCUGCUCCUUCACCCGGCUCCCUGCACGCCUGGCUUCACUCCCCGUGCCCUCACCUGGCUCCUUCCACCCUCACCUGGCUCCUUCCACCCUCACCUGGCUCCCCUGCGCUCCUGGAGUCGCUCCCCUCCUCUCAUCCCCGAUUCCCGGUGCUGGGGCCUCACUCACCCUGA